AUGACCCAACGCUUUAGACAAGACUUGCGAGCGUGCGGAAAAGUCGGUCCGUACCCCUGGCAAGAAGGGCCCGUAUAUUCCGACCCUGAGGAAAGCGACCGCCCGCGUGAAGAAAGCGAAGGUGGGCGACGGUAUCGAGCGGCCGGUGGCGUGUACGAUCGCCACGGCGCUGAUGAUCGACACCGACCCUACCGUGUCGACGAUCGCCGUCGCAGCCAGGACAGCGGCGACGACGAGCGUGUCGACGGAAGAAACGGUAGGCGAGAACGCGGUGGCAACCUUCACGACCACGACGACGAAAAUUUUACAAUUGGCGCCCAACGUGAGGCUUCUCAGUGCCUUUGGGACCUGACAGGACUAGGAUACCACGAGUUGAAGUCGAAGCUCGAGGAUCGUUUCGGGACGAGGGGUCAUGAAUCGUACAAGCACGAACUGCACAUUCUUCGUAGGAAGCCUGGCGAGUCCCUCGGCAAAUUGGCAAUUGGCACAAGAGACCAAGCGCUUGACGUCAUUGGCAUACCCAAGGGAACAGUCUUAUAUUUAGGUCAUGGAACCAAAAUAUCAAACCAGAGGGUUGAAGACGUUGGAGCGGCAGAUGACAGAACUUCGUCAGAUGUUCGAAGAGUUCUAUCGUGGCCCUCUAUGUUACACACAAGCGAAGAAAGAAGGCGAAGUCAAACAAGCAUCAACAAGUUGACAACGAAGCAAGCACAAAAAUUUGCUACGGUGUGGAAAGCCGGGUCACUUUUCGAGGGAGUGCCGCAUGGCAAAGGUGUCAAAGAGGAUGUGGGCCGAUCGAAUCAAUCGACAUGCAGCAAUGACCAAGCCAUUUACCUACCAAUCAACGUUGAUGGAAAAAGAAAAUUGGGCUUACUAGAUAGUGGCAGCAGCGUCUCGAUCCUCCCAACGUCGAUGUUUGGGCAGACAAAAAUCACCAUUGAGAAGAACUCAGCAGCAGUGGCGCUGGUUACCAAAGAUGUUGGUGCAAACCGGAUGUGCCGAAUAGAAUUAAACGAAGAAGUAGAGAUUCCCGCGAGAACGGAUUUCGACGUCCCAUCAAAGAUCGUGGUUCGACAGCCAUCGAAAUUUGAAUUGUCAAACUUGUACCCUGCAGAUGAAGAAGCGAUCGAUGACGAGUAUGAAAACACAAACCUAAUGGAAGUUUUGAUCAAGCCACUGAUCAAAAGUAUACCGGAAGAAGCAACGAUUGAAUUAGUUAAAAUGUUGAAAAUUUUUUCAGAGGUUUUUAGUUGUUCCAAACAAGAAAUCGGGAUGGCGAAAGGAAUCUAUCAUGAAAUCGAAACCCUAGGAGCCCGUCCUGUCAAACAGCAGUUGAGGAGGUACCUACCUACUCAUCAACAAGUGGUUGCUAAACAAGUGGAUGAAAUGAUUGAGCAAGACGUGAUCGAACCCGCACAUGGGCCGUGGUUUUUUAACAUACAAUUCAACUGGACUUGGGCUCAAUUAUGGUUUGAGGACAAAGAAAAGCGCAUGCAUGAUGUGCACGUGGUGCUGCUGAACGAUAUGAAUAUUCAUCACGAGACACACUUUUACAGCAUGCUUGAACUUUGGUACACUUUUCGAUGGUGGACAAAGACAGAUGCAUAA